GUAAAUUUUCUUGAAAACGCGCGAAAGCUUGAGUUUUAAAUUGGAUCCUGGUGUUGGGAAUUAAACAGCAGUUUGUAUUUCGACGUUUAACACUCAAAAUGAUGGCAGGUCAUAAUUCUGAGCAUAUAGAAGUAAUUACUAAGAAACUUAAGGUUGAUAAAGACAGCUUAAUUGAAACUAAAUGUGUUAAUCAUCAAGAAGAAAGCGAAUUCCAGUUCAGUAAGCACACGACGUUGGACGAUAUCCGUGAACUUCAAAAUACAUUCGCUAGAGAAAGAAAUUGGGACCAGUUUCAUCAACCCAGGAACCUCCUACUUGCAAUGGUUGGGGAAGUUGGUGAAGUUUCUGAAAUAUUUCAAUGGAAAGGAGAAGUUAAAGAAGGAUUACCAGACUGGACAGAGAAAGACAAAAAGCAUUUGGAACAAGAAUUAAGCGAUGUUUUGAUAUAUUUAGUACGAUUGGCCGAAAAAUGCCAUGUAGAUUUACCAAAAGCAGCAAUAGAAAAGAUUGAAUUAAACAAACUCAAAUACCCAAUUAAUAAAGUGUAUGGAUCGAAUAAGAAAUAUACAGAAUACCGGUAAAGAAAAGAAAAAUUAGUUUUGUACUGAAAAUAAUAUUUAUGUAAUGAAAUGUGACUGCAUUGUGGUUUUUAGAUUUCUUUAUUUUAAGACUACAGUACAUCUAAUUGUAUUUUAAAAACAAGAUAUGUUUUAAUCCAGAAAGUUAAUUUGGCUUAUU